AUGCCCAUGACAAACCAAAGAACUCCUGCCGGGUCAGUUUCCGAUGCCAGGAGCAUCACUUCUUUGAGUCCGUCAGAAACAGCAUCCACUACAUCAGUCUUCGAUGCACUUUCGACAUCUUCAACACCAGCCAAAUCCUCCCAGACUCCUGCUAAGCCGAUUUCAAUCAAAAUACCUCCCAAAAACCCACCAAAGGAAUCCGAACAUCCAGAAGAGGCAGGCCCCCAUGGAUCACUGCCGGUGGAAACGCCAGCGAAUGAAGUCGGUCGGAGCCAUGGUGAAGAUCAUCUGAACGACCACAAGAUCGAGAUCACUCUCAGCCAUAGUCCACACGAGCCACACUCGCGACCCUCCCCGAGCAAAGCUUUGUCUCCGUGGGUCCGAUCAGUCAACCCAUGCAAUACUCCUAAAGACGUGCUGCGAGAUACCAGUUGGUUCGGCCGUUGGCAACAUGCGUAUCCUCGCCCUCCACAUGUGGCCGUGGUAAAGUGGAAGAGCUUGAAGUCUCCCGCGGUGCUUCCAUUGACGACGGAAGAAUUUCCGACAGCCAGUGUGCUUGCUUCAGACUAUCUACAGACACCGUAUCGUGUCUUCCCAAAUGAAGAUUCCGAAGGCAUUGAAGCACCAAAGACACGCGGAGUCCUUUUACGAGAAAUGAUCUCGCUGCGGCUUUCUCAUGGCUUCCAAAUCGUUGUUGGAAAGCAUGUGGCCGAAGUGUCCUCACAGCCCGCCCUUGGAUCAUUGAACGUCUUCGAUCUCCGAGGUCUAGAGCGCGAUGGGCUUACAAUGUUUCUCUCCAAGGGCAACACGAUUCACCGACUUGUCUGCAUCCAGGGGGGAGAAGUUGAAGUGACCCGCUUUACGCAUCAAAACUCUGCGGUGGUCACUUCUCCCAGGAGGCCUACCUUUACUCUUUAUCAACCGGCGAUGAAAACAAUAUUGAGCGCGGAAUAUGAAGUGAAGAAUAUCAAGCUGGAUCCAACCUCCGAAGAGUACAACUGGAACUACGCCGAUAAUUAUGUAGCUGGUCAUCGAGAUUAUCUCCAGAACCCAGCACAGCAGCUGCACUUCUGGCGAGUCCGUUACGUCUUGAUUCCACUCCAACUUCAUGGCAAUUCUCGGCGAAACUUGCAGACUUCUCACGAGGAUAACGAGGAAGAAAUUCAUUUGCUGGGGAUCAGCCAACUGACCCAUAUCUGGCAACGAUACAAAUACGUGUCGCCAGAGGAAAAGCUUUUCGAGACGUCAAAUCCCAAGCGAGACCAGAAUCCUUUGAACAUCAUGUACCAGACACGCAAUCCAUCAGAAGUCGUUACGGCAGAGCUGGACCGUUUACUACUCACUGAUCCAGGACUCGACAAUGCCCCUGCUCAGCUCUUACCCGAGUCCGAACUGUUGGAUAGAUCCAGCAUCAGUCUUAUGUCAUUGGCGCAAAUCAUCCAAGGCGAAAAGGGCGUCCGGAUGAUGGACCGGAGGUGGCAUUGGAGGUUACACUACAACUGCUUCAUCGGGUUUGAAUUCACAACCUGGCUAUUGCAAAACAUACGCGAUAUCGAUACCCGUGAACAAGCAGUCAAGUUCGGCAACGAGUUAAUCGAGCAUGGCUUGUUCCAACAUGUGGAGAAGAGACACAAUUUCCGAGACGGCAACUAUUUCUAUCAAGUGUGUCCCGAGUAUCGUGUCACUCGUCCAGAGUCUCGAGGAAGCUGGUUCCCUCAGCUUAGACCAGACAAAUCCAUGCCGUCGACUCCCGCUGUCGGAACUGCCAAGGACUCUCCUGCCAGCCUCAAAGCUCGAUCAGACAGCAUCGACGAGCGCAUACCACAGACUCCCAACACUCCCUCCAAGGCGAAGAACAAGGUCGCCAUUAUGCUAUCCAAAUCGAUGAAAUUCGAUGUUGAUCCGCGCAAGCGGUCAAACCGGCCGGAAGUGGUCGACCUUCACUGGGACCGACUGCAUAACCCCGAGAAUUGCUUCCAUAUUGAACUCAGUUGGAUGAGCACGACCCCCAAGUUGAUUGAGGAUACCGUGCUUUCCUGGGCCUCGACUGCCGACAAAUUCGGGCUGAAGUUGGUACAGGUGCCGAUCGCCGAAGCCUGUGCUAUCGACAAGACACAGCCAUUCCGGAAACCCUACAGGAUCAAACUCAAAGUCCCGCCACCCAAAGGACCACUGCACACAGUGUUCAACAAUGCGUCGUUUGCGCAACCGGGUCCUCCAGAUCGCCUCUACUACCAAAAAGCCAUAUUGCGGAAGUUUGAUUUCGUACUGGACUUCGAAGCUUCCUCUGCGUUCCCAGCAGACGUUGAAGUAUCCUACUCCUGGGGGAAGCCCGAUUACACUUACCCGCAAUACAUCCACCGAACUGGAAGCCUCCUGGCCCAGAUUACCGACGAAGGCGAUUUCCUCCUCCUCGCGAAUCGGCUGGUGAGUACCCGCAGCACCGCAAGUCGAGACGCAGGCCGUUUCGAUAGCCACAAUCGGUCCGACUUCCGAGGCCGUGCAGCGAAUCACGAUGGACUGGACCGUGUCUCGCCCCGCCUUUCUCCAAUUACCCGGCCUGUUCAUGACAUCGGCAACAUCGGCAGCCCACUUACCCCUGGAUCCGCAAACACUGACUCGGGAAACCUGUACCGCGCUCCGGAACUCAUUCUUAACGGCCUGGCUGAGUUCUGCAAUGAUACAGCCCAACUAGAAAAGUUCUACUCGGAGUCACAUGCUCGUCCAGUAUCCACGAAGGUGGAAUCGACUACCACAAACUUGAUGGAUGCAUCGAUCCCGUCGCUCGAGCUUCCUGCCAGCCUGGUCAGUCAUCCUGUCUCGCCGCAGCAAGGGUUGCCAUCCCGGAUUACCCGCGAGUCGCGUGAGGGACUUAUGUCACCGGAAGUUUCGCGUGCCCGGGCUCGAGGAGAAAGUCUCAGCUACAAUGCAAGCCCUAGGAGUGGCAGCUUACGACCGUUGAUCUAA